UGCGCUAUUUCCUCUUCGGAACCGCGACGUUUGGAAGUUAAGUGGCCGUGCAUUUUUUUCCACUUUUUAUGUAUUUAAAACACGAAAUUGUUGUAUUCCUGCUCGAUAUAUUUACGUUUUUUGGAGCAAAAUGAGAGCACGUUUUGGAAGUGUGAGCACGUAAUGCGGAUGAAUCCAAAUGUAGCCCACUGACGGUGUUAGUUGUGGAGCGUCAUUUGAACCGCACACGGAAAUAGUUUAUUGUGUAUAUAUAUUUAUUUAAUUUACUAUACACGUUAACUUGGCUUUUUUUUUCUACAUCACAUUAAUUAGUGAGAACUCUUUUUUUUCCACCGACACGACUUUCCCUUUGUGUUUGAGCGAUGGCCACUCAACAUAUCAAGGAGACAGACCAGAAGGAGAAAAUGUUGCAGCCUUCCCAAGAUGACUCUGCUCCUGUUUUAAGGAAUAGUCCAGCCCCUCUUAAUUUUCAUACACCGUCACAGUUUGGUAUUUCUGUCCAAAGUUUCACCCCAACCUCAUCACGACACACAGAAAAGUCUCGUUUGGCACAAUUAAAGGCAAGAAGAAGGUCCAGCGUUGGUGCGAGGGGCUCCCCAGAAACAAAUUCUCUCAUUCGAUUCAUUGGCCAGCAGAGAAUGAAGGAUUCACCAAAACUUCGGACUCCACAGCAUGUCAGAGGCAGCCCCUACCUUCCCCGGAUAGCAUCCACCCUGACGCAGAAAAUGGCUUCCUUCCAGAAUCUGUUGAAUUUGGAGGCGAGUGAAGCCUGUGAUCCAAUGCCAAGGCAGAAUGACAGCACUGGAGGAUGCGUCAUGACAAGAGAUAAUCUGUCUGACGUGAACAACCAGGAAGAAAGAAAAGAGAACCACACUCCAGUAACGUCACCUACACCCAGCAAGAGGCGGCGUGUGGGCCCCCUGAACGGCUGUCAAGUGAAGAUUGGAAAAGAACAUGCUCCAUACCUCGACUUGAACUUGCGUGACAAGGAGGACAAUAAGAAAGCAGUGAAGGAAUGCGGUGAUGACGUCACCCCAGACGGACUGCCAUCAAGUGAGACUGAAACGACCCGUCCUCUGCUUCUAUCCCCACUGCUGCAUAUUGAACAUAAGCCACCCACAUUCUUCUCUCCACAUCGACAGGACAAUGUUGUUGAACUUGACAUCCCUCGUGGUAGCUGUGACCCUACUUCAGAUUCAACAGAUGAGUCUUCCUCUGCUUUCCAAAUCUCAUCUCUCCCGCCACUACUGGAGAUGAAGCCAGCAGGACAGGAAACUUCCUCUGGGACCUUUGCUGCAAAGAAGAACAAGAGGCGAGUGCAUUUUGGAGGUGCUCUUUCUCCUGAGGUUUAUGAUCGAAACCUGCCUCCCAGCACCCCGUUGCACAAAGGAGGGACACCAGUUCGAGGCCCCACGCCAGGUGGGGUCUUAAAACUGUGCUCUGUGUUAAAAACACCUCAGAGGUAUGAGCGUCACACCCCAGUAGACCAACCAAACCUCAGCAGUCCCAUUGGGUUCGGUGCCUCCCCAAUUCUUGCAAUACCUCGCAAAUGCAUCUAUAUAGAAGACGAUGGAGCGAACGAGAGCGAAAAGGUCCUUUUUCCUUUCAUAGAAGACAGUGACUUUGCAGAAAUUAGCAAUGCAGAAUUUUUUUGUAAGACCCAGCUGAAUUUAAAUAAUGCAUUCCAUGAGGAACUUCUUUCUACAGUGGAGACGACAGAAUCGGGGACUAAUCCAGCCACUCAUGUGAAUGUCCUGAAUGAGACGGUGUCCUUGUCAGAAGAGGCGCUGCCUGUGGCCGUCUCGGAAGCUCCAUCUAGAUUAAGGAACCGCAAGAAAAAGGAGGUGGCCAAGCCCAAAUCCAUUGUUGAACUUCGAGCAAGCCCCAGGAGUCGGAAAAGAAAGAGCAAACCUGUCAAGAGGUUGACUGAAGAGAGCAAACCUGUCAAGAGGUUGACACGCUCUGCCACCCAGCCAUCUGAGAAGUUUAAGUUGGCAACCGCACGUCGGUGGAAAAAGGAGGUGAAUCGUUCUCUGUACGGAUGUCGGGAAUAUGCCUCAAACAAUCCUUCCCUGAGUCCCAUCGCAGAGUCCUUCCUAAACCAGUUUCCAGCUGCACAGAACACGCCUAUUGGUCGCUGCGAAGACGAAAGUCCGAACCUGUCAGCAGCCAGUGGGCCAAUGAAGGCAGAGGCUCACGAUGCAAGCACAUUCCCCAUGUCCAUUAGCAAAAGAACCUCAGAGAAGAACAGGGGAACUCCAAGUACCGGAGUCAAAGGGCCGGAACUGAAGAUGAAGGUUAAUGUUUCAGACAGAGACCUGCUCUGCGUGGAGCUUGAAAUAAGUGAGAACCACAAGGAUGAGAUCGCAACACUUCCAGGCGUGUCAAUAGAAGUCUCGUCUGUGCCAGAUCAGGAUGGCACUGAAGCGCAAUGCACACUAACAGCUGCCGACACAGCAACCGCAAUGGCAGAAUGCCCUUUGACUGGUGAUGACCACACGAUCGGAGGAGUUGGUUUGACGUGCCAGCAGGCCCAAAUUGUGUCAGGAAGCUCUGUGAACCCAACAGAGGAACAGCCUGACCCCGGCAGCUCAGGUCCUGGACAGAAGGACCUGGCUCCCUGGCAGGCCGACUUUAAUUUUGAGGAUGUUUUCAAACCUGUCGCCACCAGAGGGCAGCGGUUUGUGCGUCGCAGCCUGAGGAACCAAGAAAGCAUGGCGGAGGAUGGCGUCGACACAGGCCUGGCCUGGUUUCCUCGAGUCUCACCUGAAAGCAGGAGAGAAUCCGUCAGGAGGUCAAUGAGGCGUAGAAGUGGUAUUACUCUUCCACUUACUGUACAACCUCUCGUCUGAGGACGUACUCGAGUGAUCACAGGGGCUACAGUCAGACCCCCACCAUUAAAUAUAAUUCAUUCCAGAGUACACACUUGUUGUUUCAUGAGCAAAAAAAGAGCUGACACGACUGUCCUUAACCAAUAAUUGCUAUAGUCUCCAUAAGCAAGCCAAUCGAUACACCGAGAGCACUUCUCCUCUCAAUCAAUAUCUAACCACACUUUCCUGCCUCGCUUUACAGUCGCUGGAUGGAGACUCGACCAGUCGAUAUUUUCUCUUAGCGGAUAGAUGAAGACGGCCUUAGUGCGGUCGCCCUCUGUCAGGCUAGGUUCCAAGCUGCUGCCUUC